ACCGAGCUACCCUCAGUUAUGCUUCCACCCUCUUAAAUGUAGGGAAAUGAUUAGAAAACAAAAAUAAUAAGCAGCGGGUAUUCCCGCGAGACAGCGCGAGAAGCCUCGCUUUGGAUUUGGGCCCGGGCGGGGGAGCGAGGAGCGAGGGGACGCGCAUCCAGCCUCUCUCUCGUUUUGUUGGGUUUUCUUUUUUUUUUUUUUUUCGCCGCCGCUCCGCCCCUCUCCGUGCUUGGCCCUAGAGUCUCCUCGAGCCCCCUCCUCACCUCACGCAAAAGCGCCAGGGCGUGCACGUUCCCGGGCCUUGCGUGGGUACGCUGCUAGUCAGGGUCUGCCUGAUAGAGACCGAGCUGCGUUGCUCCGUCUGUCCGAGACUUUCAAGUGGGUGUGUCACCCGCCCCGAGCGAACAGGUAUCGCAGGAGGCUUCCUCAGCCCCCGGGGUUCGUUCCUAGCGGGGAGCGGCAUGUCGCAGAAGAGAGGCCGAGGCCUUCCCCGCGCGAGCGGCGAUGGCGAGUACGACGGCGCCGGCCCCAGCAGCAGCCUAGGUGCUAGCGGCGGCUCCAGCGGCAGCAACGAUGCAAGCGAUGGCCCCAGCACCAGCAGCGGCGGCGGCGGCGGCGGCGGCGGCCUCGGCUUUAGCCAAGCCCACGUCCAGGCCCUGGCCCAGGCUCUGGCCCAGGCGGGCCCCUCGCAAGCCGAUGACGUCAUGGAGGAGGCGGAAUGCGAGGAACCCGGGCCCACGGCCACCCCGCCAAUGCCCUCCACCUCGUCGUCCUCGUCCUCAUCCUCCCAGGUCCAGAAAAAGCCGACCAAGCGCACCGAGGCCCAGAUUCAGCAGAAGGUAAACGAGCUGGUGCAGUUCCUGCUGGUGAAAGACCAGAAGAAACUGCCCAUCCGCCGGGCCGACAUGGUGAAGACCAUCCUGCAAGAUUACAAAGACUUGGCUUCGGUGAUCAUCGAGCGCGCUGGCCAGAUCCUGGAGGAGGUCUUCGGUCUGCAGCUCAAAGAGAUAGAUCAGAAGUACCAUGCCUACAUCCUUAUCAACAAGCUGGAGCGCCUCGAGGGCGACGGCAUGAAGAUGGAUGAAAGUGUGGCCAAGAUGGGCCUGCUCAUGGUCAUCCUCAGCCUCAUCUUCAUGAAGGGCAACUCGGCCAGGGAGUCUCUGGUCUGGGAUGUGCUCAAGAAGCUGCGAGUGGAUCCAGAAAAGAAGCACAAGACCUUCGGGGAUGUGAAGAAGCUGGUCAAGGAUGAGUUUGUCCGUCAGAAGUACUUGGAGUACAAUCGAGUCCCCCAUACCGAACCUCCGGAAUAUGAGUUCCUCUGGGGACCCAGAGCAGCCCAUGAGACGAGCAAGAUGCAAGUGCUUCGCUUCGUGGCAAAGAUUCAGAACCGGGAGCCUUCGAGCUGGGUGUCCCAGUACAACGAAGCCCUCCAGGAUGAAAUGGCAUCAGCUUCUGCUGCUGGUACUAGCAACUAACCCUCACCGUCACCCCCCAGGCCAGUCUCUGGUACCUUUUCCAGGCUGGCAUCAGGAAAAACAAAUUUCCCCAAGUUGUGAAAGCAUAUUUGCAUGUGAACCACAGGCUGAGACUCUUUCCUUCCCGAGGUCCAAUGUAAUUCAACAUUUUCUCUCUUCUCUCUACCAGAACCUAGCACUUUUUGGAACAAAAAUCUUUGAACCACUACUUCUUCUUCCCAGAUUGACUCAAGACUUUCUAACAAACUCAUUGCUUCAAGGACUAUCCUCUCUUAGGCCUGGGUGAGCUUUUCUAGCUUUGAACCCAUCCGUGGACAGGAUUAUUAAAUCAUCUCAGACACAUUUCAAGCCUGUGUUUCCUUUUCAGUUAAUAAAUUUUAUCAGCAUUCA